CCCCGCCCCACGUGGGCCCGCCCGCGCCCGCCGCGCGCACCGACUCGCCCCAGCUGCUGGGCUACAUCUUCGACGUGCACUCGCCCCUCAACAAGCACUACCACCACGACCGCCACUUGGGCCCGCACUUCGACGAAGUGGAGCACGGCGCCAACGCGACCAACAUUACCGUCCAGGUUGGCAGCACUGCCAACCUCAACUGCAGGAUUAUCCUCUUGCAGGACAAAACGGUGUCGUGGGUGCGGCGGAAGCACGGGUCGGACGACAUGGAGCUGCUGACGGUGGGCCGCCACACGUACAGCGGCGACUCGCGCUACAACGUGGACUUCCAGUACCCGAACAACUGGCGCCUGCAGAUCAAGUACACGGUGAAGCGCGAUGAGGGCACGUACGAGUGCCAGGUGUCCACGCACCCGCCGCGCGUCAUCCAGAUCAACCUGCACAUCAACGCGCCCGAGGUGGUGAUCGUGGACGAGCAAGGCAACGCCAUCCAGGACAAGUACUACGAGGCGGACAGCACCAUCCAGCUGUCGUGCAUCGUGCGCCACGUGGCCAUGACGGCGUCGGUCGUCUCGUGGAUGCACGGCGAGCGCGUCCUCAACUACGACACUACGCGCGGAGGCAUCAGUAGUUCAAUAGUUAAAAUGAAUCAAACUUUAACUUAUUUUUAA